CAUGACCUUCCUCCAAGCCCAACAUUUGCUGCCCUUGGAAGGUCUCAGCUAAAUGCUGCUACUAUGGAAAGCCAAGAAGCUAUGAAGGAGGAACCAGCGGAGCUCCUUGAGGAAUUGCUUGAAAGGGCAAAAGCUGGGGAGUCCAAAGCGCAAGCAGAGGUGGGAAAGUACUACCUGAAGCUCGCAGAAAACCGAGAUGAAGAGCUGAACAACUGCAAAGCAGUCGAGUGGCUGCUCCGUGCCUCCAAACAAGGGCGGAGGGGAGCCAGCAAACUGCUGAAGCAAUGCUUGGCAGAGCGAAGAGGCAUCACUUCAGAGAAUGAGCAAGAAGUGAAGAAAUUAGCAUCCGAGACUGAUUUGGAAAGAGUGGUGAGAAAAGCUGGCUCAGUCAUGUACUGGAAACUAAAUCCAGAGAAGAAAAAGCAGUUGGCUGUUUCAGAGCUAUUAGAAAACGUUGACCAAGUUGAUGGCGAAGGUGGUGAGAAGCAGCCUGGCCCAGUUCCCAAAUCCGUUCAGAAGCAAAGACGAAUGCUGGAGCGGCUGGUGAGCAGUGAAUCAAAUAGUUUCGUGGCCUUGGAUGACUUUGUGGAAAUAACCAAGAAGUACGCCAAAGGCAUCAUCCCCACCAGGCUCCUGGAGCAGGACGAGGAGGAUGAUGAGCUGGCAGGCAAGAGUCCCGAGGAGCUUCCACUCCGGCUCAGGGUGAUCAAGUACCCCCUUCAUGCCAUUAUGGAACUGAAGGAGCACCUCAUAGAAAUUGCCUCCAAAGCAGGGAUGCACUGGCUGUCCACCAUUGUCCCCACUCACCACAUCAAUGCCCUCAUCUUCUUCUUCAUCAUCAGCAACCUGACAAUUGACUUUUUUGCCUUUUUUAUCCCAUUAGUGAUCUUCUAUCUCUCCUUCAUUUCCAUGGUGAUUUGCACCCUGAAAGUCUUUCAGGAUAGUAAGGCAUGGGAGAACUUCCGCACCCUCACGGACUUGCUGCUUCGUUUCGAGCCAAAUCUAGAUGUUGAGGAAGCAGAAGUGAACUUUGGCUGGAACCACUUGGAGCCGUACCUUCACUUCCUCCUGUCGGUCUUUUUUGUCAUUUUUUCCUUCCCUAUAGCAAGCAAGGACUGGAUACCCUGCUCUGAGUUGGCAGUAAUCUCGGUGUUCUUCAUGGUGACGAGCUACUUGAGUUUAGCCACAAGUGCAGAAUCUUACACCCGAAGAGCGCUGCUGACGGAGGUGGCUGCAGGUGGCCUCUCCUUGCUGCAGGUGGUGCCUGCAAAUCUGGGCCCUCUCAAACUCCUGGGGAAAACCUUCUACAGCAUCCCUGUUGGCCACUUCUUCGUGUUCAACAUGAGCGUCCCCUGCCUUUUGUUUCUGUAUUUGUUUUACCUGUUCUUUAGAAUGGCAAAGCUGCGGAGCUUCAAAGGCACCUAUUACUACUUGGUUCCUUACAUGGUGUGUUUCAUGUGGUGUGAACUCUCAGUGGUCAUUUUGCAGCACUCGGCUGGCAUAGGACUGAUCCGUGCUUCUGUCGGUUACUUUUUGUUCCUUUUUGCGCUUCCUAUCCUCCUGAUAGGCAUUGCGCUGAUGUGUCUCAUCCAUUUUAUAAAGUGGUUCAUAACACUAGAACUUGUGAAGAUCGUCGUGACCCUUGUGUUGUGUGCUGUUCCUUUGGUUUUCCGGUGGUGGACAAAGACCAGCUUCUCUGUGGCUGAGAUGGUGAAAUCCCUGACAAAGAGUUCAAUUGUGAAACUCAUUCUGGUGUGGAUUACUGCCAUAGUGUUGUUUUGUUGGUUUUAUGUUUACCGUUCUGAAGGAAUGAAAGUCUAUAACUCUACCUUGACGUGGAAUCAGUAUGGGUUUUUGUGUGGUCCACGGGCUUGGAAGGAAACCAACAUGGCUCGAACCCAGAUGUUAUGCAGUCAUCUGGAGGGCCAUAGAGUGACGUGGACUGGAAGGUUCAAAUAUGUUCGAAUCACCGACAUUGAUAAUAGUGCAGAAUCAGCAAUAAACAUGCUUCCCUUUUUUAUUGGAGAUUGGAUGAGGUGCUUGUAUGGUGAAACGUACCCGGCGUGCACCCCUGAAAACAUUACUGUCGAAGAGGAGGAGCUGUGUCGUCUGAAAUACCUGACAAAACACAACUGCCACAUGAAGCGGUUUGACCGUUACAAGUUUGAAAUAUCUGUGGGCAUGCCUCUCAACAGCAUGAAUGGGAAUAAGCUGAAAGAGGAGGACGAUGCCACCAAAGACAUUGUGCUGAAGGCAAGCAAUGAGUUCAAGAAGGUGUUGCUGAACUUGAGGCAGGGAAGCGUCAUUGAAUUCAGCACGAUUCUGGAAGGCCGUCUUGGAAGCAAGUGGCCGGUCUUCGAGCUGAAAGCCAUCUCGUGCCUGAACUGCAUGGCUGAACUUCUGCCUGCAGGGAGGCACGUGAAAGUGGAGCACGACUGGAGAAGCACUGUUCAGAAAGCACUCAAGUUUGCCUUCGAUUUUUUCUUUUACCCAUUUUUGUCAGUUGCCUAUUGAGUUUGAGUGGUACUAUUUGCAUUGCCAAGACCAAAGAUUUGGCUUUCAAAGCUGCUAUAAUGAAGUUCCAAAGGAAUGCUGACAGUAUUGUGUCCUGCACUCACUCACUGCAGUUUCAGCAAGUCACUGACAUUAUUUGCACAUUAAAAGCAUGAAUGGUGUUUCCCACUAGUUGAUAUUAAAAGCACUUUAUUCUGCA